AUGAGUACUUACGCGAUCCUUGGCAGCACAGGAAACUGUGGCUCUGCCCUGAUUGAAAAUCUUCUCCAAUCACCAAAAAACAAAAUUCGCGCCUACUGCCGUAACAAGGCCAAAUUACAACGCCUGCUCCCCCAAGUUGUCGAUAACAAACAAGUCGAGAUAAUUGAAGGCAGCAUCUACGACGUCGAUGUCAUGGUCAAAUGUGUCCGCGACACCAAGGCAGUCUUUCUGACAGUCACGACAAACGACAAUGUUCCUGGCUGCCGUGUUAGCAAGGACUGCGCCGCAACCGUGAUCAAAGCUUUAGAAAAGAUCAAGACCGAAUCUGGUCCAGGACUCAAGCUCCCAAAACUGGUUUUGCUUAGUUCUGCUACUAUUGACGACCACCUCGCCCGCAAGAUGCCAGGCUGGUUCCGUCCUAUCAUGCUGGCCGCCGCUUCACAUGUCUAUCAGGAUCUGAUGGUCACCGAGAAAUUACUGAGAUCGCAGUCAGACUGGCUUUCAACUAUUUUCAUUAAGCCCGCUGGUUUGUCAGUAGACGUUCAGCGCGGUCACACAUUGACUCUGGAUGAGGAAGAAAGUUUCAUUAGCUACCUCGAUCUCUCAGCUGGUAUGAUUGAAGCCGCACAAGAUGAGGAAGGACGAUACGACGGAAUGAAUGUUGGUGUAGUGAACAAGACCCGCGGUGUUGGUGCAAAAUUUCCACGAGGAACCCCCAUGUGCAUUAUGAUGGGUUUGAUGAGACACUUUUUCCCUUUCUUGCACCCAUAUCUUCCCACAACUGGUCCUUCAUAG